GCGCGACUUCAUCGUUGCAUCGCGAUAUAAUCCCCCGCGCGUCGUCUGCUGCUGCUGCUGCAAGUCAUCAAGAAACCAUGGCCAACACAAGCUUUGCUUAUGUCCGCAAUUUCGAGCAAGCCGACAUCAUCCCUCCGUCAAAUUUCAUAGUCGUCCGCAUCGAUGGACGCGGCUUCUCCAAGUUUUCCGCGCGAUGCAAUUUCGAGAAACCUAAUGAUAUCCGCGCCUUGAACUUGAUGAACGCCGCUGCGGCGGAGGUCGUCAGGAGUUUCGUGGAUAUUGUCAUCGCGUAUGGGCAGAGUGAUGAAUAUAGCUUCGUGUUUGGCGAGGAGACGGAUUUAUGGGAGCGAAGGUCGGCCAAAUUAGCGACAAGCGUAGCUACUCAAUUCACUGCGGAAUAUUGCAUGCAAUGGAACACAUAUUUCCCCGAUCAAGAACUCGGAAGACCAUUUCCGACUUUUGAUGGAAGAUGUGUCGCGUAUCCUAAGAGGAAGAUUCUGAGGGAUUACCUGAGCUGGCGACAAGCAGAUUGUCACAUCAACAACCUCUACAACACGACUUUCUGGAACAUGGUAUGUCCGACGACACAAGCUUCGAUACUGGCGGCCCAACUUGUGAAGAAAGAGACAUUGCGCUGAUCAUGAGAAUGAGAUAGGUCCAGCGAGGCAGCAUGACCAACACCGCCGCCGAGCUCGAGCUCAAAGGCACCCUAGCCAGUGACAAGAACGAG